AUGUUCUAUCCUAGCCUGGAAUCGUUGCAUGCCGACCUCCCGACAGUUAUCACCACUAUUAUUUAUCCUGGUCCUCUGCUCGCAAAAUUUUCCGAUGCAUGGCUAGCUUAUGUGGCUUACCAAGGAUAUCGUUCGGAAGUCGUUCAUAACCUCCAUAGGCAAUACGGUCUGUUCACUCUGGGAUCUGUUCACUCUCGUCAAUGGCUAAUUGUUAUUCCUCAAGGACCCUUCGUUCGAUUAGCGCCUAAUCACAUUUCUGUGGCGUUGUCGGACGCACUACCAGUGGUAUACGGGCACGGCCAUGGGACACUGAAGUCGUCGUUCUAUGACGUGUUUGCGUCCACAUCUCCAGGACUGUUCGAUACUCGCGAUCGCAAGACACACACUCGCAAACGAAAGAUCAUCUCGCAUACUUUUUCGCAGAAGAGUGUACUGGAGUUUGAGCCACAUGUACGCAGUUAUGUCAGCCAACUUCUGGGACAUUGGGAUAAGUUGUAUGAUAAAAGUCUGAAAGGGAUGUCGGGCAAGGAAGGAAAUGGUUGGACAGGUCGUAACGGAAGGCUUUGGUUGGACUGUUUCCCGUGGGCGAAUUAUCUCACGUUCGACAUCAUCGCUGAUCUAGCGUUUGGGGCUCCUUUCGGGAUGAUCAUGGCAGGCAAAGAUUCUGCUCUGGUGCCUAAGGAUCAACAUACUGCGAUGGAUUCUUACGGGAAGGUGGGCACAAAUUAUGCUACGAAGGAGGUCGCAGUCAUCAAAACUGUGGGUGGUGCAUCGGAGACGUUCCCGGUGACUAUGGGUGCUGUACCCGGGUGGUGGAGGACACUGCUCGGGAGAAGUCCGUUCCUUCGAGAGGGCGGAGAGGACUUCAAAGCCAUCGCGGGAUUGGCAAUCGUGGCUGUGUCGAAGAGAUUGGAGGUACCGACAGACAAGAACGAUUUGCUCAACAAGCUGCAAGCUGCGAGGGAUGAAGACGGCAACCCAAUGUGCAAAGAAGAACUUACUGCAGAAGCGGUGACGCUUCUUGCUGCCGGAGGUGAUACCACCGCGAAGCAAGUCCUUUUCUUUUCAAUGAGUACAGUACACAAACUCAAUUAUUUGCUUAGCACUACUUCUGCCAUCAUCUACUACCUCGCGCGCUCCCAGAGUGUACAAGAAAAACUCCAGAAGGAGCUGGACGAACAUCUUGAUUCCGACGUCGCUACAGUCGAGCAAGUUAAAGGACACUCUUAUUUGCAAGCAGUCAUCAACGAGGGGCUACGAGUGUAUUCUACACUGGCUAUGGGGCUUCCCCGCGAAGCACCUGAGGGUGGGAUAAUGAUUUUAGGAAACUACUUCCCCGGUGGUACGAUUAUCAGUGUCCCUACUUAUACCAUCAAUCGGGACCCAACCGUAUUUGGUGACGACGUGGAGGAAUUUAGGCCUGAGAGAUGGCUCGAGCCCGGCAGUGCUGCAAUGUUGAAGGUGUUUAGUCCAUUCUCUGUUGGUCCUCGGGGAUGUAUCGGGCGUAAUCUGGCGAAUAUGGAGCUGCAGCUCAUCAUCGGAUCGAUUUUGAGACACUUCCAUUUCGUGUUGGAGAAUCCUGAUGAAAUUUUCGAGGUACAUGAAGGUUUCGUCAGGAAACCCGUUACUUGCCGCGUUGGUAUGCGGCGACGUGAAGUGCUUUAGAUCAUCGCGAAGAGACGUUUAACAAUUUCUUCUAUAUACUAUAAGCACUCGUGAAUUCAGCUCUGGAAUCCUAACGCACGGCUGCUAGCUUUCAUACAUGUUGCUGUUAUGAAAGACCUUUCGUCUGCUAAUAUUAUUGUCGUUUCCGAAGAUCCGACCGCUGACCAACCUAUUCCAGUGUGAGGGAGACACCCUUCUCUUCUCGGAUCAGAUAUAUCAGGCGAGAAUAUUUUUUUUGAGCUUAUACUGACAUGUUUAACAGCCUACAACUCAAUUGUUUCAAG